AGAAGGUUUCAAAGCCACGGAGUGGAGAAAAUUUGGAAAAUAGGGACAGCAUGUGUAGGAUGAGAACCCGGGAUGGAAACUACUGCAUCACACUAAUUUGGGACCUUGCAUUACUCUUUAUAAACAUUCACUGAUGUGUACCCACCCAAAUGCCCUUGCUGUGGUUGGGCUGCUUACCUCACAGUAAAAGUCUAUUGCUGGUCCCUUGAAUGACUUGCAGCUGCAGUGGUUGUAUAAAAGCAGAGAUUUCCUUGCAUAAGCAAGGUACUUUUACAUUUUUAUAAGCCUUCACAAUUAAAUAUAUUUGUUCAAUUACAUAUUAAAUGAAUGAAAGUGGGGUAAAUGCAGGGUUUAUAUUCUCAAACUGGUUUAUAAGAGAAUAAAAUUGGACUUCUUGUUAGUGUUUACAUCAGUAUUGCCAUGUGGGACACUUGACGAUUCUUAAUUAAGUCAGAGGUUAUUGGAUUUGAAGAAUUACAAGAUCCAGAAUCUUGUCAAAGGGAGAUAUCAAGAGAUGUUAUAAAAUGGGGAAAUGAUGGCUGCAGGGAAAUUAUUAAUAGAUUUCAUCAAACACAGGGAUCUGGGGUGAUCUUGCUCGGUAUUUUGGUUGAUGACCUUGGUGCACAAAAUAGGAUGCAGUGAUGAUGUUUGCUGAUGGUGCAAAGCUGGGAACCAUUUGCAGAGCCAGAGGAGUGAGAUAUCCUACAGGAAAAGCGCAGUGACGUUGAGUGUCACAAUAAGUAAUACCUACAGGCUGAAAUUACUCUUGCAAGGUUUGGGGCUGGUACCAAACAACAAAGGAGUACAGUAAUGGGAAAGAAGAGAGACUUGAAUGUAGUAAUGGAUCACAGGAUGCGAGGAACCAGUUAACAACAGUGAGAAAAAGGAAUUGUGAUCCUCCGUGUGCAGCAGAAGAGCUCAUUUAAAGAGAGAUGCAAAAGUGUGAACUUUCUUGUGCAAGGCUGUGACAGCCAGACUUGAAAUCAUAUGCGUUGGUACAUUAACAAAAAGGGAAGUGCCAAGAGCUAUUGGGAUGGUGAAGUAAGUGGAGAGUCAAGAGUUUAGUUUGUUUUCGUAGGAAAGGUAAAGCGAAGAAGGGACGUAACGGUUUAAAAGCCCCCAUUAGGUAGGGUGUUCCUGCACAGUUUGUAGUUGACACCCACAGUCUCCAAGGCCAAGUAUUAGAAAGACUUUCCUGUAAAUUCUGGGAAUUCCUGUGAUCACCUGGUGAGCAAAGCCCCCAGGGACAGGGGAGACUCUCAGCUGAACUUGUGAUGUAUUUAUGACUCUGUGCUUUCUUUCCUGGAGGCUAAAAGUCUUCUACAAGCUCCACUGGCAUGCAAUCUGGAGGAGAGGAAAGAAAAUCAGGAGCACCUCCUUUUUGCUUGAGGGAAGCGUGUUGCGGUGCCAGUGCCAGUCUUGAUGCAGACAUCUCAGUGCUCAGUGUGAGUCAGGAAGCUGCUGAAGAAGCCAGACACUGCAGUUGCCCUCUUCCCCCUACCCGAGACAUGAUCGUGGCUACAAAUAAGGCGGAGAAUCGGCUAUGUAGAAGAGAUCCCGUAUUCUUAGGACUCUGCUGCCUCCCUGAACUGCCAGCAGGAACUUACUUGUGAUCAGAACUUUAUUUUUUCCUUUUGUUUUGCCUCUUGGAACUUUUCCUGAGUGACAGAGUAUGCCAUGGCUUGGCAUUGCAUCUUCUGUGCACUUACCUGUAGUAUCGUAGCCAGCCCAGGUGUAUAUAAGUUCCCUUUCGGCUUUUGCUGAGCAGAAGUGAAUGCUGUGUUCUCUGCACUGCUGCUGCAUCUUCAGAGCUUCCUCGGGAUCUGCUGGAGCUGGGGAGGAUGGGGGACGGAUGCGCUGGUUUGGAUCCCCCUGCGCCUGCGUGGCCAUAAGUUUUGGGUAUCUCCUAAUUGAGGAGAGUCAAAAUACUGGUUGCAAGUGAAUCCUCCUCAGUCAGCCAGUUGGAUGUCUCUGAGAACAUAAGAAGUCAUGGCAGAAAAUGGUGCAACGCCAACCUUACCAAAAAAGUGUGGCCCAUACAUUUCAUCUGUAACCAGUCAUGGCAUGAAUUUGGUAAUUCGUGGUAUAGUGCUGUUUUUUAUUGGCGUAUUUCUUGCAUUAGUAUUAAACUUGCUUCAGAUCCAGAGAAACGUUACUCUCUUCCCCCCUGAUGUGAUCACAAGCAUCUUCUCCUCAGCUUGGUGGGUACCACCUUGCUGUGGCACAGCAUCAGCUGUGAUUGGGUUAUUAUACCCAUGCAUGGACAGACAUCUGGGAGAGCCACAUAAAUUUAAGAGAGAAUGGUCCAGUGUGAUGCGAUGUGUAGCAGUCUUUGUGGGAAUAAAUCAUGCCAGCGCUAAAGUGGAUUUUGCCAACAAUAUCCAGUUGUCUCUCACAUUAGCAGCUCUUUCAAUUGGCCUGUGGUGGACCUUCGAUAGAUCACGAAGUGGCUUUGGUCUUGGAGUAGGAAUUGCUUUCCUGGCCACAUUGGUGUCGCAGCUACUGGUCUACAAUGGAGUUUAUCAAUACACAUCUCCAGAUUUCCUAUAUGUUCGUUCCUGGUUACCAUGUAUAUUUUUUGCUGGUGGAAUAACUAUGGGCAAUAUUGGCAGGCAGCUGGCAAUGUAUGAAUGCAAAGUCAUUGCAGAGAAGUCUCAUGAAGACUGAGGAGAAACAAUAUGCACCUUUUAAACAGGAAGAUAUCUGACAGAUGACUGUUGGAGGAGCAUAAGGAACACUUGACUGUGGAAUUGCCAAAAUGCAAUUUUUUCCCUUGAGUGGUAUACUUUACUGCAAUCUGUGAUUGCUGCUUCUAUAGAAACCUUGAUGUCUGAUUUUGAUUACUGUGAAGUUAACUAGUAUGCAAUACAUUUGACAAUAUUGGUUCAAUUAUAGGAUUCCUUUUUUCCAAAUCUAAACUGAGUUUACCAUAAAUUCUUGUCUGUCCAUAAUGUUGCAGUGCCAAACUGAACUUUUGCACUACGUUUCUGUAGCUGAAACUUCUGCUUCACUUUAUCGUGAAAGUUUUGAGGAAUUUGUUGUUUAUAGCUCAGUGAAAGUUGGGUUUCAGAUUUGGGAAUGAAGAUCUUAUUUUUCUGUGAUGAUGACCCGUAAUAUCUUUAUGAAAUUCAUGGAUUACAGGUGAGCGUUGAUGCAAUAAGUAACUGAUUUCUGUCUGUUAACACACUGUAUAAUUCUUCUCACAUCACAGGUGAAGAAACUUAAUAUGGAUCGUACGGGUUAUUGCUGUAUCAUUUAGUUUGUCUGUGGUACAUGCCCACUAUCACAGAAUUCAGAAAUAGAAACCAAGGCUGGAAAUUAUUUGCUAUUCUUUCCCCUGGUACAACCAGUAUACAUGUUUGUGUAUGAAUUUAUGUGGACCAUCAUCAAAUGUGGACAGAUUCUGAAAAUACUUGUGUUGAGUAGUGUGAUACAAUUUGGGUCAUUCUUGUGCAAUCUCUUAAGCUGAUUUGUGUUAAUCCCCUAUUAAAAAAGAAAAAAAUCGUAGCGAGAUUUUAUUGCAAAACUUAAUUUUGCUGAACUAGAUCAGCCUCUACCAAAUGGUGUCAUAAAACUCUCCAUUACCAAUGUUACUCUUGAUAGUUCUUGUCUGCUACCUGCUCUGUUCGCAGGGAUUGGCAGGAGGAGGCAAGGCUGUAUUUUAGGUACUGAUGUAGCCCUUAGUGCUGUGACUAUGUUCCAGGCAACCAGAAACAUAUUUGUUUUAAUAGCAAAUUUCUGAGGUGCAGAAAUACUGUUACCCCUAUUUUACAGGUGCCUGUGCACAGCAGGUCUGAUAGGACAGAGCUGAAAUAGGCUGUGUGCUAAUCGGGUCCCUUCUUUGAAAGGAGGGUUUUACAGUGACCCAUAUUUGGGGGCACACGAGGAAUUUCCUCUUGGCUUUGCAGCUCCCUUUUGAGACCAUGAGAUAAAAGAACUUGUACAGGAAGGCAGAAAGCAGACUUUGAGAGGACACUGCCAACCUGUGCCCUCAGUGACUUUGGCAUGGGAUGUCUCCACUUUGUUUUUCCCCCUAUGUCUGUGUUGAUGUUGUUUUAAUGUAUUCAUUUUUCUUUUUUGUCUUGAAGUACUAUUUUUUAAAUCUUCCAUGAAAGGUUUAUAAGACGUGUUACAGUCACCUAGGGAGGCUGGAGUUGGUCCAAAGAACAAAUAGAUGUUUAAACAGGUUUUUAUUAAUAAAUGUGUGUAUGCAUUGUACAUGCAGCUUGAAAUAGGCAACUCUUUCAGUCUUGUGUGCUUAUCUCUAAGUCUGAAAAGUAUGCAAUGGAGUGCUUCCAAAAGUGUUGUAACAAAAGAGAUAGUCACAAAAGGAGAACUUCUUGAAUGGGCAAGUUUAAAAAUAAUAAAUAAGCAAAUGGUGUAUAAAGAGCUCGGUUCUGCAGUUCCACAAAGUUUCAUCAGCUUAUCCUGGUUCCAUGACAAUUCAGCACCUGAAGCACACUGUCACUGGGCGAUGGUUCAGGAGAGCGCCAACAGUUGCACUUUGCCUUAACCAGAGGCGUAGAACACGUUUGAGUAGAUCCCUGACUAGACAUUUUCUUUUAGUCAAUCCAUAUGACAAUAAGAAGCAUUUUAUUGAUAAAACCAAGAAGCUGUUAAGGCAUGAACUAAGGGUGAGUUUCUUUAGGCAGGCUCUGGCAUUUCACUGGGGAAGCUGUGCAAUAUUUGGCCUCGUCCACCUUCUUUACUUAAACAAAUUACUUCAGCCUGGUAGGCACUGUGGUUGGUUUCUCUUGAAUUAUAGUGGCGUGAACGGCAUAAAAAUUCAGAUGUUUCUUAUCCUAACUGUAGGGAACAACGUGAUACCUCAGUAGCCAGUGUGCUGACUUGGGAAACCAUUUACUUUCAUCAUGACCAGUAAGUGUCUGCAACUGGAGAUGAGUAAUUUUUAUUAUUCACGUGGUGGUAGAGCUGCUUUUACUUGCCAGCCUAAAUAUUUACACAAAAGAAGCUUUGUGUAUGUUAAAAUGUGCAGUAUGUCAGAACUGGUUAUUGUACAUCUGUGGCACCCACUUUGCAACACUUUGCACUCAGAUUCAUUUAAACCUGAUUAGACUGCGCUGUUCGCUACCUUUGUUUUAAAUUUCAUUUUGGAAAUUUUGAGCGUGUUGUGCAAAGGCACCAAUCAUCCAAAAUCUAUUUGGGUGGAGUCCUUUAUUAUAUGCGUUUUAUUAUUUUUAUUCUUAUGUGACUAAAGUUGAUACAAGAUUCGCGUCUUGGAUGUCACGUUAUUUUUCAAACUGUAUUGUAAUUUUAUGGCUGGUGUGUUCAAACCUUGAAAAACAUUCAUGAUGAGAAUGCUGACACGGCCUUAACUGUAGUGGUGUGAAUAUGCUGCUACUGUAUAGUGUGUAAUUAUAACAUUAGACUGUCUUAAAGAUGUUGUUCAAUAGAGAAUGAAUAAGGUAUAUUUUCGAUACAACUUUAUAAGCACGAUAACCUCUUCACUAAUUAAGCAUUGUAAGGUCUAUGCUGUUUAAACUGGCAAAUUGCUGUUAAAAGCAAAAUGUGCAUUAAACACAAUUACAACCUUG